GAGAGAGAGAGAGAGAGAGGAGGCCGGGGUUCUUGGAGAUUGGUUAAAAUGGGAAGGAGUCCUUGUUGUUCAAAAGAUCAGAGCUUGAAUAGGGGAACAUGGACAGCUAUUGAAGACAAAAUACUCAAAGGAUACAUCAAAAUUCAUGGCGAAGGAAAAUGGAGAAACCUUCCCAAAAGAGCGGGGCUUAAGAGAUGUGGGAAGAGUUGCCGGCUAAGGUGGUUGAAUUAUCUAAGACCUGAAAUCAAGAGAGGCAACAUAACCAAUGAUGAAGAGGAGCUUAUUAUCAGGCUUCACAAACUCUUGGGAAACAGAUGGUCCCUGAUAGCUGGGCGGCUUCCUGGAAGAACAGACAAUGAAAUCAAGAAUUACUGGAACACCAACAUUGGAAAGAAUGUACUCUUAGGUCACCCCAACCCCACCUCAAAACGUAGAUCAUCAUCAUCAAAUCAAGCACAAGAAAAGCCAAACGCCACCAAAGCGUCAGCUGUAAUCGAGCCACCAGAAGCAAAUCCAGGCGCUUCAUGUACCGUGAUACGUACAAAGUCAACAAGGUGCACCAAAGUUAUCCCGAUCAGUACCUCGGGGCCUCAGGAACCUCACGAUCAUCAGCAGCAGCAGCAGCAGUUUGAUCAUCACACCAAGCCAGUCGUCGUUGAACAUCCCUCUUUAGUUCUUGAUGAGAAUCACGACAUGACAGUUGAAUUUUCAAAUUGCAAUUUGGAAGAAAAUAAUUUAUCCAACUUCAUGAUGGAUGAUUUUGAGCUUGACAAAAGUUUCCUGUCAGAGUUUCUGGUCAACACAGAUUUCUCGGAGCUAUCUUCAUGUAUUGAAAACAAUAACAUUAAUAAUGAGGGUGGUAGCAGCAGCACUACCUGUGAUAAAGUCCAUUCUUCACCAACAUUUAUUGAUCAUUCCCUCUUGGUUUCUAAAGAAACAGAACUGCAUGGCUCGGAGGAUUUUCAACUAAUGUCUCCUCUGACUGAUCAGUCUGAGUACAUGGACUGGCUCUUUGUUUCUAAAGAUACAUUGCAUGGCUCCGAGGUUUGGCAGUUAUAACCUUUAUGCUGGUAACCACCUGCCUGAUGUCUCUAGUCAUAGUCCUUUGCUGGCACAGAAGCAUCGUCCUAACCAUUUGCUUUAUAUAUGCACGUAUAUUUUUGUGUCUGUACUGGGUGUGUUCUAUUCUAUUCUAGUAGUUUUUUGUUGGUUCGGAUGAUAUAUCUAUCGUGUUACAGUUAAUUGUAAAUGGAUCUUGUAAAUGUGGUAAGAUUUGAGUGUGGUAAGAUUUGAGUAUGGUAAUGGAU